UUUGACGCCGAAAGGUAAGCGUCAGGCGAGAGCAUUGGCGGUGUUCUUGAAAUCUCAGGGGGUUCGUUUCAAUGCCGUGUAUUCGUCGCCGUUGGAUCGGGCCCGAUCGAUGGCCGUUUCAGUUUGCCAGGAAAUGAAUUUUUUGGAAGAACAAAUACAAAAUUCAGAUGCACUUAUGGAGAUGAGCCAGGGACACUGGGAGCGUUGCCUCCGAUCUGAGAUAUAUACACCUGAAACAUUGAGCUUCAUUGAUCGAAUCCAACCUGACUUCUCCGCACCGGCUGGAGAAUCGCUAAGGCAGGUGGAAUUCCGUAUGGUUCAUUUUCUGAAUAGAACCAUCUUGGAACUCCCCGAAAAGCUGAGGUCAGAUGUUUUAUCAUAUCAUCCCAAUGAGAAUCAAGGGUUAUCACUUCAAAUGUCACACGAACUAACCAACUCAAUUCACGAUCGAGAUGGGAAUUCUCUCCCAUCACCACAUUGGGAUUUUCCUCAUAGGCAGCGACACGGGUUCACAAGGAAAAAGUCUGGCAAAAGCAGGCUACAAACUGUGACUACGACCGGAGAGCAUGAAGCUGAAGACGAGGUAUCCCCUCGAGAUAGUCACCAAAGUGCACUAAAUAAUCUAAGUAUGAGAAGCUCUUCCUCAUGUACGACUUGUAUCGGCAUCUUCACACAUUCAAUUCCAAUUAAGUGUCUCCUCACAGGCCUCCUAGAAUGCAGCUUGGUAAUGCUGCACAAGUUUUGCAUUGCAGAUUCAUCUGUGACUGUUUUACAGCAUUCACUAAAAUCAGGCUGGCAGAUAAAAUCGUUGAACGACACCGCACACCUAAGGCUUCUCUAAUGAAAGAAAUUCCACUUCCGUACCGAUUCCAACACCACGAGACGAGACGAUCUGUUACAUAAUGGCCAAAUCUGCCAUUUAUAUAAUUUUUGGAAUGAACUUCACUUUUUCUUCCUUUCCUCAUGUUUUUUGCACUAGCAGGCAAUAUUCCUGUAUUAUUAUUAUUAUUAUUAUUAUUCAUGAUAGAUUCAACCCCCACCCAACCUCACACAGAAUUAUGGCAAAAGGAAAGUUGCUGUAUCAAGUGAUUCUUUUGAUCUGUACCAUUUAUCAUUGAUCUCA